UUUCAUUACAUGUUCCUUCAAUCACUAACGUGUAUAAACAACCUCAUUUUUACUAUAAAUUAUAAUCUUAAUAUUAUGCGCGUUAUACAACGAAUGACAGUGCUGGGAUCAGCUUGUGUGCGGUGGUUUAACAGUGGAAACAAUUCAAAAGAGUUUAGAUAUGGAAAAAGAUGAAAUGAAGGCUAAUAAUCUACCAGAGGUUUUAAAAAUGGAGAAGAAACAAGCAUACGACAAUUCAGCGACGCUCGACGAAGCGAUGUUCGCCUCAGGCUUCGGAAUCUACAACAUCUUACAUAUGCUGCUCAGCGGACUUAUCCUAAUGGGGGUGAUAAUGCAAAGCUUAGCUUUGGGCUACGUGUUACCAGCCGCCCAAUGCGACCUUGACCUGACGCUGCAGCAGCGCGGUUGGCUCGCUGCUAUACCUUUCUCUGCCAUAAUCCUAACUUCGUACUUCUGGGGUUGGCUGGCCGACACGCGCGGGCGCCGCUUCGUCAUGCUUUUCUCCAUGCUUAUCUCCACCGUGUUCGCGGUUCUCGCUAGCUUUUCACCAGAGAUCAUCUCAUUCGCCGUACUCUCCUUUACGUCGGCAGUCUUCAUGGCGGGACCAUCUUCAGUGGUGUACACAUAUUUAGGAGAGUUUACCAACUUACGUCACAGAGAUAAGAUUGUUGCUUUUGGAUCAUCGUUUGUCGGAAUCGGCACAGUAGUAUUACCAGCUGUCAGUUGGCUAAUUCUCCCUAUAGACAUAGCCCUACCUAUCAAUUUUCUAAGCAUUACCUACCGGUCGUGGCGUCUGUUGGUCAUCGCAGCCAACCUGCCCCUUGCUAUUGGUUUUGUUCUGCUACUCUUUGCGCCAGAGAGUCCCAAGUUUUUAAACGCAUCUGGGCAGCAAGAGGCUUGCUUGCGAGUUCUCAGACAGAUGUAUGCAGUCAAUAAACGUUUACCGGAAGAGAAUUAUCCGAUUAAAUCCCUAGUCGAAGAAUCACAUACAGUCAAAGCUCUCGAGAGUAGUGGGCUUAUAGCUGUAUUCAAAUCAAUGAAGGACCAGACUCUGCCCCUCUUCCAGGUUCCGUUGUUAAAGUGGACUUUACUUAUUUGCUUCAUUCAGUUUGGACUGUUUGGCACCACAAAUGGUUACUACGUUUGGUUCCCGACAAUUCUGAACUCAGUGGCCAACCACGACGGUGGAUCAGCUGGAAUAUGCGCAAUUCUCGAUGCUCACCAAAAAUCGCCUGGAAAUGGCACUGACGUGGCAUGUGACGACACCAUGAAUACGACAACCUUCGAGCUAUCCAUAUACAUUGGCCUAGUCUUCAGCUCAAUGUACAUCAUCGUUGGUUUCUUGGUAGACUUUAUGGGGAAGAAACUGAUACUUCUACUAGUUCUCUCCAGCACUGGGAUCUGCGGAAUUGGAGCUCACCUCGCUCAAAACCAAAACAUAGCUGUGGUUCUCUUUGCGGUAUUCCAGAUGUGUGGAGCAUGUAUUGGUCUCACUAAUGCGGUUACUGUAGAACUGUUUCCGACUAAAUACAGGGCGAUGGCCAUCUGCUUGUCCAUGAUGAUGGGUCGUGUGGGUUCCAUGGCGGGCUCAAACUUGAUCGGCAUGUUCCUGUCCACCAACUGCGGACUCAGCUUUUACAUGUUUGGGGGUCUUAUUUUAACGUGCGCUCUUCUUUGUUUCACGCUACCCGGGAAAAGUGACAGUGCGCCGAAAAUAAUAAAAACGGAUCCCACACGAAAUCAAACCCACGAACCUGCUUGAAAACUAUGAAUAUGAACCAAACGAAUCAUGCUGCGCCCGCAUCGAUGCGUCACCAGUUUCAAUUUCCGUUUUGGUCAUAAUCACUGAAUACUACAAAAAAUUAAUUUAUGAAAUUCCUAUAGGUACUGUUAUUUAGUUAUAGUAGGGGAGCCCACGAUGCCAAAUGUGGAUUUACUCGAGCGACAUAGAGACCUAUUGGGUUGCGAAGCUUAGGUAAUUAUAAGAAUUGUUUUUUUAUAUAAUGUAUUCCUUUUCACCGGUGAGGGGGGAGGUGGGGGAAGCGGCUAUAGACCUUCAAAGAUGUAAAAAAAACUGUGCAAUUUGACAUACUCAACCGCGACAGAUUAAGAUAUAUAUGGUUCAUCUUUAUGUCCUACACGUGAUGUCACAGAGUCGACGAUUCUCUGGAGGGAUUCGCCUAAUCUGAUGAUGAUUUAGAAAAUAUUGUUUUAAAUCAUUGAACUUAAUUGAUUGAUAAGCUCAGGAAAUAGCAAAAGCUAUAUGUUGUUCAAGUAGAACUUGUAUUUAUUAUAUAAUAAUAUAAACAAAUGCUUUAAAAAAAUCAUUGUAAUCAUGUAAAUUUUAUUGAUUUUUGCAAAGUAGUUUCACUACAAAAUACACACUUUAUGUUAAUUUAUUUUAUUUUUAUUACUUUAUUAAACGAAGAAUUGUUCUUACGCUUGAGGGAACCGUCAGAUUAUAUAUUUUUCGUUAUCCUUGAAUUAUUUCCUUCAAAAUAAAAUAAAAAUCAGCCUAAUCAUACGCUCCAGAAUGUCAA